CGACGCUCCGCUCCAUCUCUUCUCUUUUCCUCUUCAUCUCUUCUCCUCAUCUCAUCUCAUCUCAUCUCAUCUCUCCUCUCUUCUCCUCUCCUCUCCUCUUCUCAUCUCCAUUCUCAUCGCCCGCAUUAUCCCAUCUUGCAUACAAGCCCCAUCCACUGUCACCCACCGCAUCCUCGCCCACCACCACCACCACUCCCGCCCCCCUUCCGUCCAUGUCCAGCCUGGUCUUGACAUCGCCCUAAACAUGCGGACCAACCUACCUGAUGAUAAGAGACGCGCGCUCCUCACCAAGCUCAAGGAUAAGCGCGCUCCGGUCCCCGCACCACCGGACACGCCUGAACGAGACCGCAUCCUCGUGCCCCCCUCGUCCUCGCCUACUGCCCCACCACCCAAGGCCAGGGGCACGCUCAUCCCCUCCUCCAAUCUCGCACGCCCCAUACGCCCCGACGGCUCACCACAGGCCGUAAUGGAUGCCUUCAAGCGACCGUCGGCUGCGGACUACAGCCCGGAUUCGCCACAGCCCCUGUCGCGAUUGAAGAAGCGCUACGAGGAUAGUCCCUCCGCGAGCCCCACCAAGGCGACUGGAUCAGCCAUGCCUCUGCCGAAUGCCGGCUCACCAUCUUCCGUGCUCUCCCAAGCUCGUGGCGGCGUCAAGGCCAACAAGCUCAUCAGCCUCGCUAAACAGACCCACAGCGACCAAGUCGAGGUCUCCAUCAAGCGUCUAAAGGUCCAGUUUCCCGGACUAGAGCGCGAGGUGUACCGGCGCGCGCUGGAAAGACACGGCAGCUCCAACUCUGACGCCCUAUUGAAAGAGCUCCGUGCAGCCAAGGUGAAGGCCGAUGCCGCGCACUCCUCACAGAACUCUGCAUCGUCAAGCACCUCCAACCUUGCCGCGUCCCUCCAGAAGUAUGUCUUUGAGCCCGGAGUGCCGACAAAGCCUUCCUCCCAGCGGUCGUCGCCGGCUCCUCCCCCGCCAGAGGCGAACCGCUCGGCAUCACCGGCCAAGCGUCCACGGAAGAACGAGAAGAGCACCAUUUAUGCGCGUCGAGAGAAGCAGUCAAACCAGGCACAGCGGCGAGACCCCGACGAAGAGAGCGACCACAUGUCAUCGGAUGAUGGCGAGGCCUGGAACGACGGAACACGACGGCGCAAGCGACGAAAGUCGGAAGACGAAAUUGACGCCGAGGGCGAGGCGCUCAAGGCAUUCAACACGGCCGAGGCUGAGGUGCUCACUGGAACCAUGGCAUGUUCAGAAGAACAAGCUGAGAAGAUCAUCAAGCUGCGGCCUUACGAAGAUGUCGACGACGUCCAGGCCAAACUCAGCAAGACGCGGGGUGUCAGCUUCAAGCUCUUCGAGCAAUACGUGGAGAUCAUGGAGGGAUAUGUCCAGAUCGACAACUGCCUCAACGGAUGCGACAGCAUUGCGCAGGAUAUCGCUCAGACGUUGUCGGUGUGGAAAGGCGCUGCGACGACCAGCGACAGCAUCGUGGGCACCCCGCGCAGUGACGGCCUCAACGACGCCAAGAUCGACGUCGCCAAGGUCUCCGAGCUGCUUCUUGCCGAGACGGACAUGCGGAGGAAGAAGAUCCUCGCGUCGUACAUCCGCCAGCAGCCCGCCCUGUUGUCGGAAGGCACCGUGCUUAAGGACUAUCAGUUGCUCGGCGUCAACUGGCUUAAUCUUCUGUACACGCGCAAGAUCGGUUGCAUCCUCGCAGACGAGAUGGGUCUCGGCAAGACUAUCCAGGUCAUCGCCUUCUUGGCCCACCUCAAGGAGCACGGUAUCAAAGGUCCGCAUAUGAUCUAUGUGCCUGCCUCGACCCUCGAGAAUUGGACUCGCGAGUUCCAGCGCUUCGCACCCGAAAUCGACGUGGUGACAUACUACGGCUCGCAGUCCGAGCGGGCCCAGCUGCGCGACCAGCUUAAACGCCAGUUCCGUGCCGGCGAUCUCGAGGUCGUCCUGGCGUCGUACACGCAGGUGGCGGCGAAGGACGAUCUCAGCUUCUUCAAGCGCAAGAUCGAGUUCGAAACGUGCAUCUACGACGAGGGACAUGCGCUCAAGUCGUUCGACACCAAGCGUUACAAGGACUUGUUGAGCAUCGUGCCCAAGUGGCGCUUGCUGCUCACGGGCACACCGGUGCAGAACAACUUGCAAGAGCUUGUGUCGCUCCUCAUGUUCAUCCACACGGACAUGUUUGCAGACGCCGAACCAUAUCUUCGCCAAAUCUUCAAGGUGCAGAGCGCGAGUGCGGCCACCUUGCUCUCGGCAAGCCGCACCUCGCGGGCGCGCACCAUGCUCUCGCCGUUUGUCUUGCGGCGGCGCAAAGCGAAUGUCCUGACGCUACCGCCUAAGAUCGAGACAGUCGAGGAGUGCGACAUGACGCCGGCGCAGGCACGCCUGUAUCGCGAGACGAUGCGCAGAUCGCGCAAGGUGAUCGCAGAGAUGGGCGAGGACGCGCUGGAGGCGGCCGCUGCGGCGGACGAUGAAGGCAAGGCGGCUGCAACAAAGAAGAAGAAGAGCGCCAAGGACGCCAAAGUAGCAGUCUCAUCGUCCAAUAUCCUCAUGGACCUGCGCAAGGCGGCCAACCACCCCCUCCUGUUCCGGCGGCUGUACACCAAGGCCAAGGUCGAGGCAAUCGCCAAGGCGUGCUUGAACACGCCGCAGUGGGCUGACUCCCGACUGGAUUAUGUCAUCGAGGACCUCGAGAUCAUGUCCGACGCCGAGAUUCACAACUUUGUCAAGGAGCACGACGAAUUAGCCAAGUUCGCUCUCGCCCCAUCAGUGUUCCUCGAGGGCGGCAAGAUGCAGGCGCUCGUCGCGCACAUCGAGCGGUGCAAGGCCGAGGGCAAGCGCAUGCUCCUCUUCUCGCAGUUCACGAUGAUCCUCAACAUCUUACAAGUAGCGCUGGACCACAUCGGCGUUAAAUGGACGCGGCUGGACGGGGCAACGCGCACGGACGAGCGCCAGGGCUUGGUGGACGAGUUCAACGACGACACGGACAUCACCGUCUUCCUGCUCUCGACCAAGGCCGGCGGCGUGGGCAUCAACUUGACGGCAGCGAGCGUUGUCGUCAUUUUCGACCAGGACUUUAACCCGCACAACGACCGGCAGGCGGCCGAUCGCGCGUACCGCAUUGGGCAGGAGCGCGAGGUCGAGGUCAUCAAGCUCGUCUCGCGCGGCUCGAUCGACGAGGAUAUCCUCAGCAUCGGACUGACCAAGCUCGAGCUCGACGACAAGAUCGCCGCGGACGCCGACGUGGGUGGCGAGCAGACGGCGCGGGAGGUCAAGAAGAGUCUGUUGACGACUCUCAAGUCCAAGUUCCAGGAUGAAGGGGAGGAGGCCGAGGAUGACGAGCCGAUCGAGGACGACGAGAUCCCGAGCACUCAAAUGAAGCGUGCGCGCGGCGGCGAGCGGCUCGAGUAGAAGCCCGUAGACGCUGUCUAGACUGUGCAUGUAUGCAGUGCUAUAGUAA